CUAGUAUGUUCAACACACCAGGAAUGCAGAGUUUGUUGCAGCAAAUAACUGAAAACCCACAGCUUAUGCAAAACAUGUUAUCUGCCCCAUACAUGAGAAGCAUGAUGCAGUCACUCAGCCAGAACCCUGACCUUGCUGCACAGAUGCAGAAUCCUGAUACACUAUCAGCAAUGUCAAACCCUAGAGCAAUGCAGGCCUUGUUACAAAUUCAGCAGGGUUUACAGACAUUAGCAACAGAAGCCCCCGGCCUCAUCCCAGGGUUUACUCCUGGCUUGGGGGCAUUAGGAAGCACUGGGGCCUCUUCAGGAACCAAUGGAUCUAGUGCUGCACCUAGUGAAAACACAAGUCCCACAACAGGAACUACUGAACCUGGACACCAGCAGUUUAUUCAACAAAUGCUGCAGGCUCUUGCUGGAGUAAAUCCUCAGCUACAGAAUCCAGAAGUCAGAUUUCAGCAACAGUUGGAGCAACUCAGUGCAAUGGGAUUUUUGAACCGUGAAGCAAACUUGCAAGCGCUGAUAGCAACAGGAGGUGAUAUCAAUGCAGCUAUUGAAAGGUUAUUGGGCUCCCAACCAUCAUAGCAGCAUUUCUGUAUCUUGGGAAAAAAUGUAAUUUAUUUUUGAUAACGGCUCUUAAAUCUUUAAAAUACCUGCUUUAUUUCAUUUUACUCUUGGAAUUCUGUGCUGUUAUAAACAAACCCAAUAGGAUGCAUUUUAAGGUGGAGUGCAGUUAGAUGUGUGGGUUUUUCUGUAUUUUUUUUCUUUUUUGGAACAGUGGGAAUCAAUGCUUUUUCAUUUAAAGCUACUGCAUGCAUUAAACACUUCUGCAUUUAUUGUAAUUUUUUAAAACCAUCACCUUUUAUAAUUGGGUGAACAGAUCUUGUCCUGCAUCUGUCCAAUUUAUUUGCUUUUUAACCAUUAGCCUGUGGUAGUAAUUUAUGUAGAAUAAAAGCAUUAAAAAGAAGCAAAUCAUUUGCGCUCUAUAAUUUGUGGUACAAUAUUACUUAUUGUAACUUUGGCAUGUAUUUUUGCAAAUAAUGCUGUAAGAUUUAUACUACUGACAGUUUUUGCUUCAUUUGUAUACAAUACAGAGUAUGCAUAUUUGGGAUUGCAUUUCUGGAAGCAUACUACAUAGGUUAUCUGAACAAAACACCUGUAACCAAAAAAUGUGAAGAUAAUGAAGUAUUCGUAAAAGUUAAGUAUUUCCUAGUUGUAUACAAUCUUACAGCAUCUUAAUAAACAUCUUUCAGCAGAAGUGCAGUUAGUCAGGUUUGUUGAAAAUAAAGAAAAGCUAACUCUGGUAAUCUGUUUAGGGACAUUUAAUUGUACAGACAACAUAAUGUAAAAAGUUGUCUCAGCAUUCACAAAUUGACUGUAAAUUACCUUAAUCUUUGGGCAAACUGAAGGAGCAGUGUAGUAUACCCCAAAAUACAUUUGCCUAGGACUUUUCAGCUUCUCCCAUAGGUAGUUUAACAGGCAUUACAAGAAAUGUUGCUUUCACUGAAAGUAUUGAUGUUUCAGUUUUUAAUUGUCACAUGAAAAUAGGACUAUCUUUUGGGUUUAUCAGUUUUCUCAUCCACAGGCAGUACAUGAACUUAAAAUGAUUUGUGAGCCACUUGUUUCUGAAGUGUUUGGAUAGUUCUAUUAAAUAGUUAAAUAUUGUGCUUUUCAGAGCCUCGAAGAAUGGGGAUGGGAGGGGGGUGAGACGGAAUCUAUCCUGGAUUGGGCCAGCCUAAACUAAUAAUACUGGCAACCAAGAUUCUGUUAGGAUUUCUGUGCAUAUAGUGUAGUAAUGAAGUAUCAUUUGGGGUGAAAAACAAAAGAGCCGUUUAAACAAUGUUGAGUACAUUUGAUCUAUUGAUCUGCUGAUCUAUAGAUCAGUCUUUUAAUUUCCUCUCCAGAGAAGUUCUGUUUGCCUAACACUCAAACUAUUGGGGUGGCACAUUCCUUUAGGACCAAUUAAAACAUAACUUUAAGGUCAGUAAUAUAUUUGACUGACUCUGGUUCAGUAUUCUCUUAGGUCAUUAUAUUCUCUCGUGUACAGUUACAGGAAAUUACAAUGGUUCAACCUAAAAUGAGUUCAGACCAAUAAAAUCAAGGGGGAAAAACAAGUUGAAUUCUAUUACUUCUAUAAGUUGCUUGCUAUUUAAAAUGGUCAGGAGGCCAGGUUGCCCACCAGUCCAUGCACUGUUCUGACACUUUCCCCAGGAGGAAAGCAUGUACAAAGGUCAGGGUGGAGGCAUGAUUAAAGGAGGUUGUUAAGAAUGGUAUUCAUGUGUCUUUAAUGAUUUUUGUACUGGUGAAUGGUGUGGGACAGUGUCAUAAGCAAUUUGACAAUUUAUUAAUCACAAAAUAACAAUAAAUCUCUAGCUUUCACACUUGGUUUGUCUUGCCUCUUUUGUAGAAAGGAAAAAAAUGUCUUCAUUUUACUUUUACUAAACAUAUCUAUUUAAAGGCUAUUGGAGCUGAUUUAUCCCAGAUUUUAACACAAUUUAGGUUAUUCCUUAAUAAUUUUUAAAGCUUUCCCAAUUAAAAUGUUGCAUACACUGUGUUACAGUAUGUAAAAAGGUAACCCACUAAGAAUAAAUGUGACCUGGGCUCUACUUUUCUCUUGAUUCCAACUGAUUAUUCAACUUUGAGUAAGACAUCAUGAUUUCUUUAUUAUAAACAGGGUGUUGAGGUCUAUUGGAUGUGCUGGACUAGGCAAUCUCUUAAGUACCUUUAAGCUGCUAGAGUGGCAUGGUUUUUGUUGUUGUUUGUUUCUAAUAUGUUUAUCUUAGAUAUGCACAUUAAGGGGUUCAAAAUGCAGAUGGUCUCCUACUUAGGAAUUUUGGGCUUUUCUGGUGUGAAAACUAUACAUAUCAAGUAGAAACCAGUUUCAAAUUUUGAAUUUU